CCGUUCCGCCUUCACGCAACCAACUUCAUCUCAUCCGUUCGCGCAGAGAACCUUAUAAAGAAGCCCUCCAGUCCCCCAUCAAAUCCCCCACUAUUCCAUCACUUGGGGUCUCCAAAUCAUCGUCCCUCAUUUCUUGACCCCUGUCCCCUAAUGUAUAUGUCUUUUUCAGCGUCUCAAAAGGCUCCCUUGUACCCUAGCUGGAACUGAUCCGGACCGUGGAGAAACGAGCCCCCCUCGCCCGCCCCAGAACCGGGGUCUUGGAGCGAGCAUGUCGCUCGGACACCACCACGCCUGGCUCCCCCCAGGUCAUCUGCGCCCGCCGGAUGAUUUCCAUGAUGCGCGGUCUGUCAAUGGCUAUCCCAAAUCCUUUUCCGGUUCGCGAACUCCCCAGAUGCGCGCUUCGGCCGACGCCGACGGGUCUCACGCGGGCGGUCUGAUAUCAGAUGCCGAUAUUGCAGGCGACGAGGACCCGCGCAUCGCCAUGUUCCGGGAUCUGUACAAACGCAGUGAGGCGCAAAUAAAUGCUCUCUUUGCCAACCAGAAAGCUGCCGAAGAUGCCCGCCCUGCCAACGAUUCCGACGAGUCCCAACCCGAGAGUCAACGCGCCGCCGACGAACCCGCUCCGGCCCCGGCGCCCCCCAAGAAGCCCGCCAGGAAGUUAGAUGACGAUGACUACGAUGAGUAUGACGACGAAGAUGACGCUGAGGAUACUGAAGCCGCAUCUCCUCCCAAGCCCAAGUCUCUCGCUGCCUCUCAGCUACCUAGUAGCUUCCCAUCGCCCAGCCGACCGCCCAGCGGCUCCGUGUCGGUCGGGCCCGAUGCGCAGAAGGAGGCCAAGAAGGAGACCUUGGAGGAUAUCCGCAAGAAGCUAGAGGAAGAUAAGAAGGCGACCGAGGAAGCUGCUAGGAGAAGUUUCCACACACUCUUUUAUACUUUAGAGAAUGAUAGAGAUGCCAUGUUGGACCAGCAGCGGCUAGAAGAGUCGGAGCGACAGGUAGAAGCGGAAAUGUCGGGCCAGGCGAAUGCGGGCAACAAUGCGAACCCAACCUCCAAUGGCUAUGGGUCGCUGAGUAACGCGAACCUGGGCGCCUCGAGCCUGACCCUCAAGAACCUGAUCGCAAGAAUUGAUAUGAAGCGGAGUUUGGUCCAAGCAUCUGACGCGGAACUCCGAAGCCUGAUGAGCGAGGUUCGUAAGAACCGUAGUAAGUGGGCUAGUGAGGACAAGAUUGGCCAAGAAGAGCUGUAUGAAGCUGCAGAGAAAGUGCUUAGUGAGCUCAAGGCGAUGACUGAGCAUUCAAGCGCCUUCUUGACUCGGGUGAAUAAGCGCGAUGCGCCUGACUACUAUACAAUUAUCAAACAUCCGAUGGAUCUAGGAACCAUGACGAAGAAGCUGAAAGCGCUGCAAUACAAGUCGAAGCAGGAAUUUGUCGAUGACAUCAAUUUAAUAUGGUCGAAUUGCUUCAAAUACAACACCAACCCAGAACACUUCUUGCGCAAGCAUGCUUUAUACAUGAAGAAGGAGACGGAGAAGCUCGUCCCUCUGAUACCAGACAUCGUCAUCCGAGACCGCGCCGAGGUCGAAGCAGAAGAGCGCCGACUGCAGAUGGCCGAAAUGGACGGCGCCGAAGAGAGUGACGACGAACCGAUCAUGUCGUCCCGUGGUCGCAAGGCCCCCGGCAAGUCAUCAUCGAAGAAAGGCACUGCGCCUGUUCGAAAUACUCCCAGCGGAUCGGAGCCUCCUGGUCAGAGCUCUCAGCCUCCGGGGCCGGUUCGUUCGGAUUCUGAUGUUGUAAUGGAGGGGACUCAGAACGGGCUUGUAACGCCGCCGCCUGGCACACAAACGCCAUCUGACCCUGCGGGCGUCAGCUCUGGUGUACCUGGAAGCCAAGGUGAUGCUAUGGACAUUGAUGGGUUAGUCCCGACAAGCACCGCGCUGAGCGCAUUGCCCGCGUCUGGUGUGGAUUCCGAAGAUCCCGAAUACAAAGUAUGGAAACAGGUGACGAAGAAGGAUCGCGCCCUCAUUGCCGCAGAGAGGCAUCGUCUCUUCAAAGGUGACAAGCUCAACUCCGAUGAGCCAGCAUUGCUCCGUACUAAAGCGGGCAUGCGGCGGUGGAUCAGAAACCAAAAGCAUAAUCUUGCAGAGAACGACAAGGCGCGCGAGUCAACCGGACAAGGCAUGGAACCUGGCGCCGCGGGUGAAACGCUCGCAGAAGGCAUUGAAGUGGAUGAGGAUCGAGUGAUCCCCGACUAUUACGAUGUCAUGUCAGGGGUUCCCGAUCUACCCUCUCAGCUACUCUGGAAGGAAGACUCAGACGGCAACAUUGUGGAUGCGUCCGAAGAGUUUUUGAGGAUCCUCCCGCAAGGCUCAUUCACUCAACCAGAUAGUAAGCUGGCUCGCAAAAUGGAUGCAAACAUGCGCCAAAUGCAGGAGACGCGAAAGGUCUGCUCGAAGAUCGGCAUCGUCAAGCAGAUGCAACUGCAGUCUCAGAUGUACCAGAAUCAGUUCCAGAAAUACCAGCCGGAACCCUUCGUCGAGCAGGAUGUGUCACCACAUGUGAUGAACGACGGGGGUCCUGUCAUUGCUCCUUGGGUUUGCAAAGCGGCCUUGCAGCGUUCCGUGGCGAAGAUCUUCUACCACACUGGCUUUGAGGAGUAUCAGCCUUCGGCCCUGGAUGCAGUGACUGAUAUUGCCUCCGACUUCUUCCAGAAGAUCGGCGAAACCCUGAAGUCGUACAUGGAAUCCCCGAAAGUCCCGACUACCGACGCGACCGAGGCGACGGGUACAGCUCAGUGGAAGCGAGCGUACACGGAGCCGGAGAUUGUACUACACACUCUCUCAUCUGUUGGCAUCGAUGUAGAGUCUUUGGAGUCGUACAUCAAGGACGAUGUGGAGCGGCUCGGGACGAAGCUUUCGACAGCUCAUGACCGGCUGCGCUCGCUGCUGUCCGAGCUCCUGCGACCUGCGCUUGCAGAUGGCGGGGAGGAUGGCUCCAACGCAUUCCACGAUGGCAGUGAACAGUUCAUCGGCGGUGACUUUGCGGAAGAUAUUGAUGAGGACUUCUUCGGGUUCAAGGAAUUGGGGCUGGACAAGGAAUUUGGUCUGGCCACACUCAGCGUGCCACUUCAUCUCUUGCAGAACAGGAUGUACAACGCUGCGCAGGCACAGAACACCAGUGCUGCCCAAGCCGUCACUCUCUUCCCCCCGCCCGCUCCCUACCCUCGCAUCACCAAUGACUCUCUCGCUUUGCAAAUUGGGUUGGUUCAGGAAUUCUUCAGCUCUAAGCUCCAAGCAAACAACAAUGAGCCUUUGGUCGAAGAUCUUGAACUACCACCGAAACAACGACCCAUGGCCGCGCGACCCCGUCUGCCCGCGUCUGGCAAGAUCCCGCCGCCUUCCGCUCCUUCCGGCGUGACCACCAGUCCCCAGAAGCGACCCCUCCCACCCUCCGCAUCGGGGCAGUCGGGCGCUAAGUCUGGGACGUCGGAGCCGAGUAAAAAGAAAAUCAAGAAGAAUGGGCCUAGCCUGGGCGCUCCCGACGCGACAGCUGAAGGAGACGAUGCCGCCGCCGUUGGAGUAGAUGGUACCAAGCCGUCGAACGGAUCGUUGUUUACGGCCGCUUCAGCGGACGAGCCCUCUGCCCAGGAUGCAACCAUCAAGGGCGAGGUGGAAAACUCGACCGCGCCAGAAGGGACUGGUGCUGAGCAUCAAGCCCCAGCUGGGACCUCAAACGAUGACCAGAACCCCAACCACGACAGCGCUGCUGCCCUACCAAACGGAACGGCAGAUGAAGCGUCAUGAUAUGAUCUGUCCUACUCAUUCCCCCGCACUGUACUACCUCACUAUACCAUGAUUAUUCCCCUCUACCUCUUCUACCACUUUUAUUAUUUCCUUUUUCCUUUCGUCUAUGUCUUCUUUGCAGUAUAUUA